GCUUGACAAAAAUUGGACCAAGCUGCCCUUCUUUUUUUAUUUUUUUUUUCUACCCUUUCUACUUCAUAGUAUAACCUUAGUCUCUAAGGCAUUUCAAAAUGAAGCCAGUGGUGGUGAAAGCCUUCUACUUUAGUGCAGCUGUAGGUGUAGCCUAUGGUGGUUAUAAAUUUGGUACCAAAUUACGCGAUGAUACGGAUAAACGACGAGCCAUGUUUGCGGAUCCUAGUCCAAGUAAUACUAGCACGAAUUUAGAUGAGGAUAUAGAAAAGAUAAGAGAAGAAAUAAGAGUACUAGAGCAGGAACGCUUGAAAAUACAACUCGCUCAAAAGAAGGAAAAUGCAACAUAGCGUAGCAUAGCCGAUGGAUAUAAAACUUUUGGAACGAAAAAAAAAAAAAGAAAAAAAAAGGGCAACGAAUUUAAAAGAUAGGCAAUCAUUAGCAUCCAAACAUAUAAGCUUUUCAUCGUCAUUCAUCCAAUUUUCUUCUCGUCCAAUACGGCAAUGAUUGACUCUGUGAGUAGAUCGGUAUUUUGGGUUAGAGCUUGACUUCAGAUCAGAAUCAGAACAUAAUAUCUACAAUCUGGUUUUUCUUUUAAAAUAAUAAAUGCACAAUUUAAGCAGCAAUGAAACGCAAAGACAAACCACAACUAAAGAAAGACACACACAGCUUUCAAAGAUGUAAAAAGCGUUAGACUUUUUGUAGAUCAGCAACAAUGAUCAAUUAUAGGAACAUGGGGCGGUAAAUGAAUCGUUGGUUUUCUUUGAUAACUUUAGGCAUCGUAUGUUUGAAAUAAAGCUUUAUGGUUUUUUAUGACAAAAAA